AUGUCUGACGGAAAGCGCGCCGUAGACUCAGACAAGGUCUUCACUGUCCUCAUCACCAACUCGGCCUACCUCUCCGGCCUCUUCACACUGGACUACUCUCUGCGACAAGUCAAGUCCCAAUACCCCCUCGUUGCGCUUUACACCGAUACCCUCGACGAUGCCGCCCACGCUGCCCUUGAGCGUCGCGGAAUUGCAAAGCAGCGGAUCGACUAUCUCCUGCCCACCAAGGGCAAAGAUUACUCCAACGACCCGCGCUUUUACGACUGCUGGUCCAAAUUGACGCCUUUCUCCCUAACACAGUAUUCCCGUGUCGUCCAGCUCGACGCCGACAUGCUCGUUCGUCAGAACAUUGACGACCUCAUGACCCUGCCUCUUGAUGCUCCCGAGAUUGCCGCCCAAGGCAACACCGUCACGGCCCCAAGCACCAGAGUCUUCGCAGCCGGACACGCCUGCGUUUGCAACCCGCUCAAGAAGCCGCACUAUCCCAAGGACUGGGUUCCCUCGCACUGCGCCUUCACCACCCAGCACGGCGCCCGCGCCGACGCCCAAACCGUCGCGCCGCCCCCCGACGCCAGCCCCCUCGGCUACAUGAAUGGCGGCCUCCAGGUCGUCAAUCCGAGCAACGACAUUUAUGCCCAAAUUGUCGCAUACAUGGAGACCGACGCUGCGAACAUGGACUUUGCCGACCAGAGUUUGCUCAGCGACCUCUUCCGCGGCCGCUGGGUGUCGCUACCCUAUGUCUACAACGCUCUCAAGACAUUGCGUUGGCCUGGCGUUCACGACGCCAUCUGGAGCGACGACGACGUCAAGGUUGUCCACUACAUCCUCGCCCCCAAGCCCUGGGAUGAGCGGGCACAGGACGGUACCUGGACGAAUGCGGGCAAGCCCGAAGACCAGGAGACGCACAAGUGGUGGGGCAACGCUGACGGCGAGAGAAGGAGGCAAGAAAAAGCCAACGGCAUUGACGACGGCUUCUGA